AUGGCAACCGCGGACCUAAAGGCCGCCGCCGCCGAGAUGGCGUGCGCGUUGUGCGGCGACCGCCUCCGGCCGCCCAUACGCGGCUGCGUCAACGGGCACGCGAUGUGCCCCUAUCAUUUCCACCGCGACGCUCCCUGCGACGCCUGCGGGACGCGCGAACGCGGCGACAGGAUCGUCGCUUUGGACAACGUCUACGCCUUGUUGCCUUUCCGCUGCAAGUUCGCGGACCAAGGUUGCCCGACGGAGACGUGGGGCGCCGGGCUGGCGCGCCACGAAGCCGAGUGCCGGUUCCACGUGACCCUUUGCCCUUUUAGUUUCGAAAGGGACUGCGGCUUUCGCGGCACGGUACUUGCAGCGACGCGCCACUGCUUGGAGGCGCACCCGGACGCCACCUUCGCAGCUAUUGACGACGCCUGCGUUUACUCUCGAUCGGUCCGCGUGCCCCACUUCCUGCAGGACCGGUUAGAGGGCGCCUCCGGCCCGACGCGGACCUACGUGUUCCUCGCGAAGGGUACCAUGUUUAGGGCGGUCUGCGACGUGCACCUCGGCACGUUUUGGUUCGCCGUCGCCGUCGUCGGACGGGUGGACAGCGCGUCGAGGAAAUUCGAGUACGAGAUCGACUUCUACGACGCCCGGAUCGGCCGGACCGCUUUUACCCUGGGGAACGCGUGCCGCGUCCUCCUAGACGACAGGCUACGGUUCGUCGAAGACGCUUACGUCGUUACCGACGAGUUGGUCGCUAUGCGCCACUGCGACUUGUUCGGCGAUUUGCAUCUGCGCGUCAGACUAUUCGAAAUUGUAGACGGCGAACGCCGGUAG